CAGCAGAAGCGGCGCGAACGUCCACCGGAGUCGGGGCAGCUCCAUCCCGAGAACCACAACACGCUGUCCAGAGAGCAGAAGGCCACCACUUGAAGUCGUCCAAGUGCUAAAAGUCAGGCCGGCGUGCACCCCGAUGCGUUUCUUGAACGCCUAAAACACCUUCGACAUGUCUUCAUCCGUGAGCGGGACAGAGGAGGUGCGCGUGUCGGCGUUGACGCCCCUGAAGUUGGUGGGGCUGCUUUGCGUCUUCCUCGCCCUGUGCCUGGACUGGGGUGCUGUGCUGAGUCCGGCGUGGGUCACGGCGGACGACCAGUACUACCUGUCCUUGUGGAAAUCCUGCUGGAAGCCCGUCAGCUCGGCGGAGUGGUCCUGCAACAGCACGCUGGCCACAGACUGGCAGAUCGCCACGCUGGCCCUGCUGCUCGGAGGUGCCGUACUCACGCUGGUCUCCUUCCUCGUGGCCCUAUUGUCCCUCUGCUCCAAUUCCAGGAGUCGCUGCUACAAGCCCGUGGCCAUCAUGCUCUUCUCUGCAGUGGUGCUCCAAACGUGCAGCCUGGUCUUGUUCCCCAUCAAGUUCAUCGAGGCGAUCACCCUGAGGGUGUACCACGAGUUCAACUGGGGCUAUGGCCUGGGAUGGGGAUCCACCAUCUUCUCCUUUGGAGGCGCCAUCCUCUAUUGCCUCAAUUCCAAGAACUACGAAGACUACUAUUAAACGCAGAACGGGAACACAACGGCAUCUUGAACUUUCAGUCACACCGCAUGACCAUGGGGCAGAAUUUCAGCAAAACAAACUAUUUGAAAGACAUUCCUAUGAGUCUUAUUACAAACAGUAGACUCUCUCACAUUCCAUCUUUGGGAUUUUGAAUGAAAAACAGGUGAGGGGAAAAAAGGAUCCCAAAUCAGACAUUUUUGAGCAAACAGCAUCACUCAGUUACACAACGUAGACAAAAGUAUUCGGUCAUGUGUUCAGUCCACCUACAGGAAGUGAAAAUUGAAUGAAGUGGGGUUGACUUCCACAUUCCCGAAGUAACAGCGUUCACUUUCCUCUGCAGACUCUGUACAAUGUUCACGUGUGUCCAUUCCUCCAUUUGUGGCUUGAUGUCGGCCUUUUGUGCACAACAUUCUGAUAAACAGCUGGAAGUAUAAAACUGUUAAAAAUCUUGAUGCUAAAUGAAUAAUUCAAAUUGAAGGAGUUGAGUUUUUUUUUUUAAUGAGUUGAUUAAUGAACUGAGUAAUCAAUGUGUCUAGCAUGGUUGUGUAUGUUGGCCUCCCCUUUAAGUGGCGCUCUGGUAGGUCUUAACAGUCAGGCAAUCUGGGCCAAACAGAUGGAUCCAUCGACCCCAUGUGGAUAUGAAUGGGUCGACUCACAGUGAAGAUUGAAAAUAACAGCGGAAAAUCAAUUCAAUCCCCUAAUCGGGGAUUGAAUAGCUCCAGGAAGGAAAAUGCCCCAUUGAGAUGACAUCCUGAGGACGUUACAAGCAAAAGGAGCCUCAGACCUAAGGAAAUGCGACAUGACUUGUGGUCUUCUCACAAACUGUUCGGCAGCAGCAUAUCUCUACUUGUUAUGAUGGUGUUGUAUUUUUGUAUAUUAAAAUCGGAACUGGUGAAGUUGGUAGAUGAUCAUGUGUGCUGCAUCUUGCACACUUAUACACCGCCUCAUGUGAUGCCACCUUGUGAGUGUCAAAGAGAAUCAUUGUAGUUAGUAGUUUUCCGUACUAGUGUACCGUGUAUAGUCGUUGGUGCAUGAUACACUGUUGUAUCAAAUACAUUGCCCGGUGCAUGAAGAUUGUGUAAUAAAGCAGUAACUGGAUAACUUUGACAGGGACUGUAAGGAAGAAAUGAACAUGGGAUAUUGAUACAUGGGGAUUAAUGAAUUAAAGUGUAAUGACAAACAAAA